AUGGCGUUACAGAGCGAUUCAACGACUUUGGGAAGAGAGACGAAACAUGGGACGAACACCAAUGUUCAAAUUGCUUAGCAGUUUCAGUUGCCCGGCUAUCCAAACGUUGACAUCCUAUUCAAAAAUGAAUCUGCAUCAAAAACCGGCAGCUUGAAGCAUCGUUAUUCUUGGGCGUUGAUGAUGUGGGCCGUGGUCGAUGGCAAAAUCACCCACAACACCACCGUCUAUGAGGCGUCUUCUGGCAAUACCGCAGCUAGUGAGGCGUACAUGUGCAGUCUGAUCGGUGUAAAAUUCAUCGCAAUCGUACCAGAUACGAUUGAAGAUAUAAAAGUGGAACAUAUCGAAUCAUAUGGUGGUAGUGUCAUUAAGGUUCCACUCGGUAAACGCUUGAUACGUGCUCAAGAGGAAGCUGAUCGGAACGGUGGUUUCUUCAUGAAUCAGUUUGCGAAUUCGGAUAAAGCUGAAGAAUUUCAUGAGAGUGGUGACUUCACAUUGGAGAGUGCCAAUUUGCUACAUGAAAUACUCGCACAAAUGAGAGCAGAUGCAAAUCAGCUGGUUAAAAUACCUCAUUACUUCGUUCAUGCUGCAGGAACUGGUGGGACAAUAAGUUCGGUGGGACGCUAUGCGAAGAAAUACGGCAUAUCGACGGACAUUGUGCUCGGUGAUACGGAAUAUUCGGUGUAUUACGAUUAUGUGAUGAAGGGACGUUUCAAGAACGAAAGUGGUGAACUGCUGUGGAGAAUGCCUGGCAUGGCUGGUAUUGGCUACGGGAUUAUGGGUGCUGUCAAGCACGGAAUUACGUCCAGUUUGCUAGCAGCCGUGAUCGAUCGUGCCAUUAAAGUACCAGAUUUGGCAUCAACAGCUGGAAUGUUAGUACUAAAACGACUUGGUAUCAGUGGUGGUACAAGUGCGGGACUUAAUUUGGUCACUUCACUUCAUUUAGCUGCUACUCGAUCCUCAUCAAAACGUUUGAAUGGAAGACGUCUGACAAUAGUGACUUUAUUGCCAGAUCCUGGACAUUAUUAUGAUACGUCAUAUUACAAUCGCUCGUGGAUUCAACACAACUUCGAGCAGCACGGCGGUCUUGUGGUUUAUGACUGUUGGGUACACCAAAUCGAGAUGGCUAUCCAGACGGGUAGUGAUCCUUUGAUAAGCGGUGCCAACCGCUGCAAUAAACUACACUCGCAUUCACCUAUCAGCAUCAGUCUUCUUGCGGGUAGUGGUAUGAACAAGAAAAACGCAAAUCUCAAACAGGCACCAAACGUCGCAACACUGCAUUUAUUGAAGUUGGGAAUCGGGAGAGCGAUUCGCAGUCGUGCCGCAUGGAGUCUGGGUUCGGAGCCACCCUGUUUCAAGAGAUCCCCCGCCACCUCUGCUCCCAUCCCACUCCUCCAUUUUUGA